CGUAGCAAUUGCUCAAUAACUUUGGCAACAAUACUAGUUCUGUUAUCUCUCUUUAAACCAAGGAGGUUUGCUUUAAAUUGUAUGUUUAAAUAUCGCGGUUAUUCAUGGUCUUGAUCUCUGGUUUUUUAAUGUAUCGAAGUUGUGUUAUCAUAUGCUCGAUAUUUUAUCCGUUAUUUUGUUUUUCAGAAUACAUUCACUGAACUCCAACCAGAUUAUAGGUUCAGUGAGAUUGACUAUUUUAGCUUAUCCUAAGUAUGUCAAGCUUUGUUGCAAAGGUUUUAAUAUAAUUUUGCACCUUGAUAGGUAGCACUUCAUCUAUUAUUCAACCAUGGAAAAAAUUCAAGAUCCUUCCAAACGCCUUUCGAGGUGGUAUUUUGGAGGAUUAGCUAGUGCUGGAGCUGCUUGCUGUACGCAUCCUCUUGACUUACUGAAGGUUCACCUUCAAACUCAGCAAGAAGGAAAACUUGGGAUUAUCAAGAAUACUACUAAUAUCAUUCGCCAUCAGGGUAUUCUUGCUUUGUACAAUGGUUUGAGUGCAUCAUUGUUACGACAGCUAACAUAUUCAACUACAAGAUUUGGCAUUUAUGAAGUUGUAAAACAAAGUGUUACUAGUCCAGGUGAAAAUAUGCCUUUUUAUAAAAAAGUUUUGCUUGCUGCUGUUGCUGGAGCUGCAGGUGGUUUUGUGGGCACUCCUGGUGAUAUGGUGAAUGUUAGGAUGCAAAAUGAUAUAAAGUUACCUCUUCAACAGCGUAGAAACUACAAGCAUGCAUUAGAUGGUUUAGUCCAAGUAUAUGCUAAGGAAGGAUUUAAAAAACUGUUUUCUGGUGCAUCUAUGGCUACUAGUAGAGCUGUGUUAAUGACAAUAGGACAGAUUUCAUUUUAUGAUCAAAUUAAGCAAAUGCUCCUGGAAACAGUAUAUUUUUCUGACAAUCUCGUGACACAUUUGACUGCAAGUGUUAUGGCAGGUGCCAUUGCUACUACAUUAACUCAACCAUUAGACGUUUUGAAAACUCGAGCAAUGAAUGCAAAGCCGGGUGAAUAUAAGGCUUUUUGGCAUUGUGUAGCAGUUACUGCAAAGCUAGGACCUUUGGGCUUUUUUAAGGGUUAUAUUCCUGCUUUUAUUCGUCUGUCACCUCAGACUGUUCUUACUUUUAUAUUCUUUGAACAAUUAAGAUUGAAUUUUGGAGUAAUUGCAGAAUCGAAGGAUUAACAUCUUGAAUGAUAGUAAAUUUCAUGGGAAUAAUAACUACAUACAAUACUUCUAAGUGGAAAAAAGUCAGUGAUUUGGAUGUUAAAUUUGAUUUGACUGUUCGAAAAAGUCAACAUGUAUGUUGAUUAUAUGUUCUUAAAUAUGUCAUUUUUAUCUGUUGAAUAAGACCAAAUUUUGGUAAUGGGAUAUAACAGAUGCCCAGAACGAUAUGUAAAGUGUAUGCAAUUGAUGAAUAUUUAAUAUAAAGGUAAUAAAUUUAGUUUGUAUAAAUUAUUUUAGACAAAAAAAAUUUUGUUGUUAUUCUGUAAAGUAUUCCAUGAGAAUUUUCAAAUCAUAUUUUCAUCAAUUAUAUAUGUAUAUAUAUAAAAUUUUAGAAGCAAUAAUUCUUUAUUACAGACACAAAUAUUUUGAGAAACUUUUCUGUAAUUUGUAAACAAUAUUCUUCAUAUAAGCAAUACCGUUUAGUAACUUAGAUAAUCAAUUUAUAUCAUUUUUAUCUGAAUUAUUGUUAUUUGCAUUAUUCCUAAAAGGCAAAAUUUUACGUUAAUUUAUUUAAGUUGUAAUGCAGUAAGAAUGUUUAUAAAAUCUUAAAAGAUAAACACCUUUUAAAUUGUCUGAUAGUGUAACAGUAAAAUAUUACUCAGAGACACAUAUUAAAAGCAUACCUAAAAUGUGUGGUCUUUUAAAUUAGUGUAUAAAUUUUCCAUAGUUGUUUGCCCUGACACAGCCAUGACUGAUAUUGUAGAAAUUGGUGACAAUGUAUAGAAAUCUUUCUUGAGCAUGCCAGAUUUUGCUUCAUUGAAAUGACUAUACUUUUUUCCACUUUGUUUAAAAAAGAGUUGUUUACUUGACAAACCUUUUAUCUUUAUCUGAAAAGUGGAUAUAAACUUAAUCAAGCAUGCCUCAUGCUUCCAACAAACUUUUAAUACAUAAACUCAAGUUCAUUCCAGACUCUUAAUUAACAGUUUGUUUUCCAUCUAAUCAUUAUAUAACUAAGAAAUAAUCAACUUAAUUUUAAAUCAUUGUUCCUUAGUGUAUUGUUCAACAGCAUUUAGCAAGGAGUUUUCCUUUAUGUCCUUAUGUACAGCAUUUGCAGUACUGUAGAAUUCAUAUCUGUUAGAUAGCAAUUCAGAAAAUUUCAAUUUGAGUUUUUUUCUUGAUUUCAUUACAUCUUUAUUAUUUGUAAAAUUGAUAGUAAUUAAUUCAUUUUUGCUUCAGAAUAAAACAUUUCCAGUAAAAAAUAAAUAAAUAAAUAAAAUUGUGCUUAGAGAUUAAAUGAGUAAUAAUGGAAAAAUUUAGAAAUUCUGGCUAUUUAAUCCAAAUCAUUUAACAUAAUAUUUUUCAAAUUAUGGUUUGCAGUUUCCUAGAAGAACAUAAAUGUUCUGAGUUCCAGGAAAUCCAUGAGUUCUCUGGGGGGAGGAGAAGAGCUCGGAUCUCAUGAGAAAUUAGAUGAACUUGUUUGUUACAUUAAUUAAUUUAUCUGUUAUUUGAUAAAAAUUUCCACAUGAAAGGUAAAGAUCCUCUAUUAAUGUAUGAAUUUUGAAUGAAAUGCGAACUCAAAACAAUAUCACAAAAAAAUUGCCUUUAAUAUGCAUGAAAAAAAAAUUUUGAGUGUUUUUGCAUUGUUCUGUAUUGAAAAAUUCAUCUGUAUUUUCAUAAAAUGUGGAAAAUUGUUAAUGAUGAUCAUAUGAGCAUUAAGACACAAAAUCCUUUAAGUUUGAGAAUCCCGAGCUGUAUAAUUUAUGCACAAUUAGAUUAAUGUUGUAGAUACUCAUCUUCAUUGAAUGUAUGAGCUUCAAGUAACAGUGAUGAUCUUUUGUUAUAAUGGCAUAAUUUUUUAUGUAUUUCUUUAUGAAUAUUUAUAUGAAGAGAGACUGUUUUUUAACCAAAUGCUUCAGUAUAAUAGAAAGGUCUUAUUGAAAUCAUAUUGAAAUUACUGGAUAAAGUUAGUUACUUUUUGUAAAUUUUUGUAAUCUUUUAUUAAUUAACUUAUAGCUGAUAAAUGUAACUUUUAUUGCAUUAACAAUCAAUCAAUGUUACUUAUUUUACUGUUUUCCCCCAAUUUUUUUUUAUUUAAUGUCAAAUUAUGUUUUUAUAGAAAGAAAUCUUUCAUUUAAAUUUAUUGAAAGAAUAAUUUAAACUGCAUCACGUAGUGAAAUCAAAAAGUUUCUAUUUGAGAGCUCUGUAGUCCAAUAAGUUGAAGUAAUUGUUGUAGACAUAAGGGCACUUUUUGUAUUGAUGAAAGAGAUAAAGAUGCUUUUUAGUGACAAAUGUGUGAGCUUAUGCUCACAAAAUUCCAGUAGACUUCUUCAUAUCAGUUGCUUGAAAAUCAAGAGGGAGGCAUUCCAAUUUAAAAGUUUAAAUUUAAGGAAAUUCCAAAAUCUUCUAUUUAAUGGCUUCCAGCAUCUGCUUCAAAAGAGUUGUGACAUUAGCAAGCACAGAGUCUUUCAAUACGAUCUUAGUGGAACUUACUAGGAUAUUCUGCUUUAAUUAUACUAAGUGAUGACUGAAGUAUAUCUUGAAACUGUGUAUGAUGUAUCUCAGUGUCAAAGAAAUGUAUCCAAGUGUUGAUUCCAUUGUGGAAACAUUUAGUAGCAAUAUUGCCAUCAAUAUAUUUAUCACAUGCUCUAGACACAAGUUGGAAUGUAUCAGGGACCUUACUAGUCUCAUGGCCUUCUUUUAUCUGCUUUGCCAGAACAUUAUACUUAUUUAUUUAUGGCUGUAGAGCUGUCAAACAAAAACUUUUUGGUAUUCUUUUUUUCAAUAUAAACUAUGUAUCUGUAUUAAUAAAUUAUCUGAUUUUAUAAAUCGCAAUAUUUGAAAUAUGCUUUUAUAUUACUGUGAAAAUUAUUUUAUCCUCUGAUUGUUUUUAUACAAUAUGCAGCCAAUUUCCAUUAUAAUGACCUAAGUACUGAUAAAAAGAUGCUGUGUCAACUUAUCAUUGUACAGAACAAUAUUGCAUGGAAAUGGUAAAAAAAAAUUAUCGGUAUGUUAUGUCAUUAAGUAAUAAGAUUUUAUUUGUAUUUUUAAAUGUGAUUUAAGCAUAUAAAUUCCAAUGAUAAUUUCACCCCUUAAUAAAUGUAGUUUGAAUAAAAUAUCCUCAGGUAAUUAAAAAUUAAAUAAAAAUUCAUAUUUAGGAAUUUAAUAUACUAAUAAUAAUUAAUUAAAAAACUAAAACUAAGCAUAAGUCAACUCUUUUAUAUGCCAUUUCAUCCUUCUUAGAUAAAUUCAUAUGUUGAAGUGCAGUAUCCUAAUAAUUAAUAAUAUUCGAUUAUGAAGUUUCCGCAUUUCCUGAUAUUUGUAAAUGUGUUUACUGAGCAGUGGCUGAUGCCAGGUAAUUCUAGAGGUAAAUUUGCUUGUUUAUUGCCUCCAUAAUUAUUUAUCGAAGGCUUACAGUUUGCCUUAUUCAUGUAUCUGAAAGUUCUAUAUAGUGUGCUUUUGAACCAUUGUUUGGUUAUCGCAUUAAGAGAAAAUUUACAUUUAACCAGUUAUCUUGAAACUGCUUUCCACAAAACCUUGGAGUUCCUUACAAUCCUCUAAGUGUUUUGUAAGUCAAAAUUCAAAAACAUUUUUGAAUAUCACAUAGACCAUAAAUGAAUCAUGUAAAAUAAUUAAAUAAUAUUUUGUUGCUAUUGUUAGUUUAAAUAGUAUGAAGCAAGUCUGUUUUUGUAGUAAACUUAAGAAAGAAUUUUAAUUUUCUUUUCAUUUUCCACAUAAAAUUGCAUCUGCACAUAUAUUUUCAGUAUUUCCCCCCCCCCCCUGAAAGUGUUUGAGGCUUUUUUUUUUUUUUGCUAGAAAGUUAUAAUUUUUGAGAAUUCAAAAAGAAAAAAAAAAAAUUAGUUUUGUGCGUUCUUGAGUUGGCAAAGUUUGAAGACCUCUGCAUUGAGCUUACAGAAGAUCAUUUGGAAUUUAUGGAACUUGCAUGAGUCAUCAUAUUGGAACAGGCCAUUAUUGCAAGAGUGUAUAUGGGAAUUGAUUUUAUAAAAAAGCAUAUAAAUAGUCUUCCAGAAUACAUUUUUAACAGGAUUAAUGAAAAGAAAAUAUUCAGCAUUAUUUUUUAAAUAUUAUAUGAUGCAUUUCAUAUUUAUUAUAAGAGUCAUUAAAUUUAAUACUUGUAUAUUUUUAUAGAGCUGUCUCUUAGCACAAUUAGAAACACAAAAUAGAUCAAGUAUAAUAAAAUUGUAUGCAAAUUAGUAAAUAUCACAAUAAACAGUUAAAGAGAGUUUUUCAGUUAUAUUUUGCUGAGUUAUAUGGAAUUGCCCUGAAUGCAUUUAGAUUUUCUUGUGUUAAUAUUAUAUAUGUUGUUUUUGUUUCUGUUGAGUUAAUUAAAUUUUUACUCAUUUUAUGUUUUUUAAAAUACUGCAUAUCUCAAUAUGAAUGUGUCAUUAAAACCCUUUCACAUCUAUAUAAUUAACAUAUAGCAUCUGUGACAGAUGGUAAAUGUUAAGCUAUAACUUGUGAUUUUUUUGCUCACUGUAUUUUCAUGUAAAUAUAAUAAUAAUUUAAAAAUAUGUACCUAAUGCCUAAAAAUAAUUGCAGCAAUAUUUGAAGUGAUAUUAAUUGAAUGCUUGAGUGCAGUAAAAUUGUCAAAUCAUAGUGCUUUGUUAAUUGCAGGCAUGUGAGACAUAUAUUUGAACUUUAUAAGCACCUGUAGGCAUCAUUUGUAAUGACAGAGUUAAAUUUGAUUUAUUUUAAAUUUCAGUUAGUUUAUUUGAAACUUAAAAAAUAUAUAGUUGUGCAAGUAAUGAAGCACGUGUUCUAUCUUUUUCAUAAGAAGGAAAAAGAAAUCUUUCUUUUCUGAAAAUCUAAUUCUUCCAUUAUAUAAUAUCAAAUUUUAUAGAUUUUCCUUCCCCCUUCCUUUCUUAAUUUGAGUUAGAAUGUUCUACACCUCUUAUUUAAUAAAUGUAUUUAUUUUUGUUAAAGGAGUUAGUUCUUAAAAUUACUUCUGCGAUAAUAUAUUUGUUUGCAGCUGUAAGCAGUAAAUAAGUGUAUUUGUUAGGUCAAGUUUUGCAUCUUUUUCUUUUUCUUUUUAUCUUUUUCCUGUAAGUUGUAUGAUUUUUUACUGGAAGUACAAAAUGUUGUUCUUUGAGUAUAUUUUACUAAUGUGUGAUACUAUAAUUUUUUCGUAGUGAAAAUUUUAUUCCAUUUGAUUAUUAUAUGUUUUAUAUUAGUUUUUUUUAAACAUAUCUGCAGAUUUUAGUAUAGUAACUUCUGAAUGCUUUUUUUUUUUUUUUUUUUUUUUUUUUUAAUUUGCUUUUGUACCUAGGUACAUAUUGCAGAGUCUAGGAAAAUGAUAUCCAAAAAAAAAUAGAAGAUUUGUAUUAAAUAAAUGUUGUAAUUUUGAAAAAUAUAUUUGUUUGAAAGAAAUUGGUAAUAAGUUAUGAAAAACACAUAUUUCAGUUUAUAACAAAAAUUUAAAUUACUCAGCCGAAAACUAGUAAUUUUAAUUUAUUUUUAAAUUUUCAUUUUCAUAUGCAUGAAGAUAUAUUGUAAUUUCCAUUCCUAUUUUAUAUCUGCUAAUUGUAAUUAUGUCCCCUUUUUUUUUUUUUUUUUUUUUUUUUUCCUUUCUGUUAAAAAUUGGAUGUCAUAUUGAAAUUACUUGAAUAUUUUCUGGAGUUCCUAUGCUUUUCUUUUGUUGGUGCACAUAGUUUUAUAUUAACUACCAGUUUUCCAUUGUUGAAAUUUUGUAUAACAAGUUUAUUAUUCUAGAUUUAUAUUAUUGUUGAUUUAUAAAAUUUUAUAAUAAAGAUGAAUAAAAUAUG